GGUGUUUUAAAGAUGGCUGAUGAAUUGGAAAAAAGAUGGAAUAAGUCCUAUGGAUCCAGUAAGAUGAAGUAUGAAAAUGACAGAAAACUUCUUCACUCGAUGCAGCAAAAACAGUCCCUCAAAGUAGCAGAAAAGAAAGCUGUGGAUGCUGUGGUUCCAUACACCGAAUGGAUUUUCACUAUUCUGACUGCCGCAAGAAUAUAUGCAGCUUUAACCAGUCAUAUAACAGAUUGUGAUGAAACGUACAAUUUUUGGGAACCGACACAUUUCUUGGCAUUCAGAUCGGGUUUCCAGACUUGGGAAUACAAUCCAAAGUUUGCACUGAGGUCUUACUUUUAUGUUGGUGUCCAUGCUGCAUUAGCAAAGAUAGCCUCCAUUUUUCUAACCCACAAAGUGUUUGUAUUCUAUUUCAUCAGAAUGAUGUUGGGGAUGUUCUGUGCAGUAUCAGAGGAUCAGUUCUACUCUGCCAUCUACAAAAAAUUCGGAUCCUUCAUCGCAAAUUGUUGGCUAGUGACAACCCUUUUUGCUCCAGGAAUGUUCAUUUCCAGUACCGCCUAUCUUCCAAGCAGUUUUGCCAUGUGCGCUAUAACACUGGCAUAUGCAGCAUGGCUAGAUGAUUGUAAUCAGGCUGCGGUACUUUGGGUUGCUGCUGCAUCAAUAAUAGGAUGGCCAUUCGUUGCUGUACUUGGUAUACCCAUAUUUUGGGACAUCGUCGUCAAAAAUGGACAGUUCAAAAAGUUUGCAGAGUACUUCGUGGUCGCCUUGUUAUACACCCUGAGUCCUUUGAUCUUAGUGGAUCUUAUGAUGUACAGAAAAAUGGUGAUUGCACCAUUGAAAAUAAUUCUCUAUAACGUGUUCAACAUCCAUGGCUCCACGCUCUAUGGGACUGAACCAUUCUCAUUCUAUUUCUACAACGGUUUUCUCAACUUCAAUGUUGCUUUUGUCCUUGCACUUCUUGCUCUCCCUUGCUUUCUAUUAUACAAACAUUUCAGUCAGGAUUUGAAGUGGACUGCUUGCUAUUUGCUGACGCCCAUGUAUAUUUGGUUUGGAAUCAUGUUUUCUGCCCCUCAUAAAGAAGAACGAUUUCUCUUCCCAGUCUACCCUCUGAUUAGUUUCGCUGCUUCGCUUGUCCUGUACAUUAUCUGGAAAUCUACAUCCGCUUGUUUUGGCUAUUUCUACAAGCACAUGAAGGAAGCCAGUAUCCUCAACAUAUCGGGCUUCUUUAUUAUCUACAUUGCCUUGUCUUGCUGUAGGAUAUCAGCCCUUGAAACGUAUUACCGUGCUCCAAUGCAUCUCUACAGAGAUGUUUACAGCAUACCUGAAUUAACAGCCACAAUUUGUGUCGGGAAAGAGUGGCAUCGGUUUCCCAGUAGCUUUUUCGUCCCUCAUGGAGCCACCAUAAGAUUUGUGAAAUCAGAGUUCAAAGGGCAACUUCCUCAAAGAUACUAUUCUGGUGUAAAUGGUACUUACGGAAUAAACCCGAAUCAAAAUGAUAGGAAUAAAGAAGAGCCGUCAGUGUUUACCAGCAUUAAGGAAUGCGACUACUUGAUAGAUGUUGAUUUUGGUGUGGAAUCAAGCCUUGAGCCAAGAUAUAAUACCAAAUCUGGAUGGACUUCCAUCAAAAGUUUCCCAUUUCUCAACGCUGCCAAAUCAAAAACGAUCGCCAGAGCCUUCAAUAUACCUGGCUAUUCGAGGAAACAUGUCAAAUAUGGAACUUAUCAUCUUCUCAAACGGACCAGGCUCAUUAAACAUCAAGAAGAGGAACGGGAUCGAGCACAGGCUCUCAAAAAGGAUCACGAGGAGAAACUGAUGAAAGAGAAGUUUCACGACAGCGAUGAGCUUUAGAUUUAUUUAAUUAACUGAUUUUUCUUUGAUUUGAUUGAUUUAUAAUAUUAAGUUUUGACUUUUGAAGGUUAUAAAACACUAAAAAUUAUCAGCAUAAACUUUUUGAGAGUAGAUUGUUCUACCUUUUCUGAUAAUUCUUAUGCAGAACGGUAAUAUUAUAUCAGUAGGGUAUGACAGAUGGAAAUUGAUUCUUUAAAUAAAAUUUUAAUGAACAAAGAAAAGCAAUUGAUGUUUCUUAGCUUAAAUGCGUGGUGAAAUUGUAGCUGAAGAAUUAUACUUGUGGAGAAAAUGUCAUUGCUUUUAUUUCCUAAUUUUCAGUUAAAAUGUUUAAAACGUUACGUAUUUGGAUUAUAAAAUAUUGUAUUGAUUACUGUAUCGACGUUAUUUAUUUAUUUAUUGGGUUAAUUUCUGAUUUUCUGCUCUCGAAAUAUAGACGGUCUUUAAUUUCGUAAAACAUCGG